AUGUCUAAAUUAUCUUCAACAUUAUCCUCAUUUGUCAAAUCCCGUUUCACUCCCUCCUGUAGAUCAGACGACCAUAUACAAUCGCCGAAAUCCAAGAAAGAACAGGGACAAGGCGUUGAUGAAAUUUCGAUCCCUCUCUCGACGAAUAUAUAUUUAAGUUAUGAUGCCGUCGAUGAGCGAUAUGGUGUUCAUCCACUGAUUAAAUACGAAAGAUCGGAAGACGGGUCUGGAGUUACUGUUAACACUAAUAAUCCCAAUACUUGCACCACCUCGGGUAAGAUUGAUAGUCAGGUUCUAGCCAGUGCUAAUGUAAAUACACAAGAGAUGUACGAUUCACCUCUAUAUCAUAACAUGUGGCGAAUACGACCUACUAGCAAGUCUACCAACCACACUGAUGGAGAUACGACCGAAUCAGUGCAAGAAGUAUUGCCUAUGGACCCAAUUCACCUUGAUAGUAAUCGGUUCACCUCAUUCGUACCGAACAGUAUAAUCCUUGGACAAACUACAUCCACCUCGAAUGGUUUGGGGAAUUACGAAGGAACGAUCCAUCAUCCAAUACCAAUCUCUGCUCGAUCCCUCAACUCCCGUUCAAAGUUUUUCAAAGGCUGUAAAGCCAAAUUACUCUCUACUGCUAUUGACUUUACUCAUACCGACACUUCCAUCGUUCAUUCCUCUAAGGAGGUCGGUCAAUGGACGUUGCUAAUGGAUCAAAAUCGUUCAGAAGACAUAAACACUGUCCUGGAUAAUGUCCUAGACGACAAAACCAAGAAGAUCUUAGGCAAGUUAAGCGGAGAUGAUAAAUACAGAUUAGAAAGGAUAUCCUGGACAGGACACGGAUGGGAUGAUCGAGACAACGAGGAUGAUAAAGUAACUCAGGGGAGGUGCGUAAGUGGGAUGAUGUGCGUUGACGCUAAUUGGGUAUGGGAACGUAUUGGAUAG